AUGCCCGAAACUCGAGUAGAUCAUAAUUACUUGAACGCCGACCAUAACGCCGCCUUCCACCGCCGGUGUUCAGCGUUGCGCCACUUCUUGCUGUCGGCGUCGGACCUCCUAGCUGUCGCAGCCGAGGAGUGGGAUGAUUUAAAGAAGGGGCAUCCGAAGGCUGCUUCAUUAAGAACAAUCACACUGAAUUUCCCAAAUCUUUGUGCACGUCUUUUUGAUGGAAAUAGUGCCACUAGUAAUUUUAGGAGUUACUCAACCCAAUCAUCAUCAGUAGCUGGAGCAUCCUCUUGUCGUGUUCCACCACUUCAGAUUACCGCCACCCAUUUUCUUGCAAUAAAUGAUGAUGGUGAUGGCAUUUCCCAUCAUGCUAGUGAGCCACCACCUUCUACUGCUUCACCAUAUAUUGCUUCACCAUCCGAGAAGUUAGAGGUGCUUCAGUUAGGCCCUACAGAUCCUUUAAGCUUUGUUGCAUAUCAUAUUUUUGGAGGGACCAUAAACUUGAAAGAGACGUGGAUGCAUUUGUCUGAUGUUCCCGAGAUAUUACCAGGAUGUUUUGAGAUGACGGGUACAAGUUUAGGAGUUUUGAAGGACGGAAAGAUUGUCAGAUGA